GAGAGGGGCGGGGCCUCCACAGUUCUGUUCCGUCGUUCGUCACUUCCUCUGCGGAGAAAGCUCGCGAACGGACGGUUUGGUGCUGCUAACUGCGAUCGGUGUCCAGCACUCCGAGGCGGGAGGAUGAGCGACAGCGGGGAGCAGAACUACGGCGAGCGGGAAUCCCGUUCUGCUUCCAGAAGUGGAAGUGCUCAUGGUUCCGGAAAGUCUCCAAGGCACUCGCCUGCUAGAUCUCGGUCCAAGGAAGGUUCAAGGCGAUCUAGGUCAAAAUCUAGAUCAAGAUCUGAAUCUCGAUCCAGAUCAAGGAGGAGUUCUCGCAGACAUUAUACAAGGUCACGGUCACGUUCUCGAUCCCAUAGGAGAUCAAGAAGCAGAUCUUACAGCCGUGACUAUCGCCGUCGACACAGUCACAGCCAUUCUCCUAUGUCUACUCGUCGGCGUCAUGUUGGCAACAGAGUAAGGCUGGGAUGGCAGCAGUUGACCAGAGAUCAUUCAGCUGCAAAUCCUGAUCCAAACUGUUGUCUUGGUGUGUUUGGAUUAAGCCUGUACACAACAGAAAGGGAUCUGAGAGAGGUAUUCUCCAAAUAUGGCCCAAUUGCUGAUGUUUCUAUUGUGUAUGACCAGCAGUCGCGACGUUCUAGAGGAUUUGCCUUUGUGUAUUUUGAAAGUGUUGAUGAUGCUAAAGAGGCAAAAGAGCGUGCAAAUGGAAUGGAACUUGAUGGAAGAAGAAUCAGAGUUGAUUUCUCAAUAACAAAGAGGCCUCACACACCGACGCCUGGAAUUUACAUGGGGAGACCUACCUAUGGUAGUUCACGGCGAAGAGAUUAUUAUGACAGAGGUUAUGACAGAGGCUAUGAUGACCGUGAAUAUUAUGGCAGAUCAUAUAGAGGAGGUGGUGGUGGAGGAGGAGGAGGAGGAGGAUGGCGAGCUGCCCAAGACAGGGAUCAAAUGUACAGGAGAAGGUCACCAUCUCCGUAUUACAGCCGAGGGGGCUACAGAUCUCGCUCCCGGUCUCGAUCAUAUUCACCACGUCGCUAUUGAAGCGUGGAACUGAGGAUUUUGUAGCUACAGACAAUGCAUUGAGAUUGCAAAUUUGUGGACAAUACGUGUCACUUUUGUUUAAGUCUUAUAGUGCCUAGUGAAUAGGUGACUUUUACACCUUUUAUGGAGACUACUUUUGGUGAAGUUUUAAAAUGCUGUUUCAUUCUGCAUAUUUGUGUAGUUGGUGCUUUGUUCAGAGUUGUGGUUUGAGAAAAGUAUGUCUUCUGCAUGUGUGUUAGUCUGAAAUUUGAGGAAAGAUUUCUAUUGUCCAAAGUUGUUCUUCUUUUUUUUUUUUACAGUUUCCAGUGUGUUUUGAAGAUCAAAACCUGUGUAAUAUGCUUUGAAAUUGUGGCAUAAUAAAGUUUUUUUUUAAUUACUUUGAAGCCCAUAUCUCAUACUUGGUGAAAGUGUGAGUCAGAAGGAACAAAACUAUUUACAUAUUCAAAGCAAUAUCCAGAAUUAUGUGCCCUUAACACUUUCUCCACUACCUUCUGUAAUAUGAAUAAAAAGCUCAUAUUGUAACUUUU